AUGGGGGGCGUGGCCGCGGCCCCACCCUCCCGGCCAAUCAGCGCGGGGCGGCCACCGCAUUGGGCAGUGCCGACGGCGGCGCGGGCCAACGGGGACGAAGGGGCGGGGCGGGACGCUGAGGCUCCGCCCGCUGCCGGGGCGAGGCGACCAAUGGGUGCGCGGCGGGGGCGGGGCCCAGCGGGAGGCACGUGCGGCCGCGCACGUGUCCGCGUGGGGCCGCCGCAGCCGGGGCGGAACCGGCGCCGGCGCCAGAGCGGGAACGGGGACACCGGGACGGGGACGGGGACACCGGCACCAGCACCGGGGCACUGGUACCAGGACACCGGCACGGGGACACCGGCAGCAGGACACCGGCACCGGGGCACCGGCACCGGGACGGGGACGCGGGCACCGCCGCAGCUGCAGCCGGGAGCAGGCAGCCUCGGCCCGGCGGCACCGCAGGGGCUGAACUCGGGGAGAGGCUCCCCCGGGGGGGCCCCCCCCGCCAUGGAACCCCCCGCCCGCUCCUGCUCCUGCGGCUCCCCCGCCUCCAGCCCGGGGGGUCCCUCCGACAGCGAGGCUGAGGGGGGCGGCCACCCCCAGGACCCCCCAAAACCCGAGCGGAGCCGCAAGCGAACGGGGGGACCCGACCGAGCACCCCCCGAAUCGUCCCCGUCACCCCGCGGGGGGAAGCGGCCCCGGAAGGGGGAAGGGGGGGACACCCCACCCAGCGACGGCGAUCGCAUCUUUGCCCAAAAAUGCCGGGAGCUGCGGGGCUUCAUCCGGCCGCUGGCGGAGCUGCUGGAGGGGCUGAAGCGGGGGCGAUACGACAGAGGGCUGAGCAGCUUCCAGCAGAGCGUGGCCAUGGACCGGAUCCAGCGGAUCAUCGGGGUCCUGCAGAAACCUGAAAUGGGCGCUCGGUACCUGGGGACGCUGCUGCAGGUCGAGGGGAUGCUGAGGGUCUGGUUCCCCCACGUCGCCCCCAAAGCCGCGCAGGAUCCAGCCCCCGCGUCCGCCCUCCUCCCCCACCGCCGCCGCCCCCCCGCUGGCCCCCCCGGGGCUCCCCGCUGCCGCCGCCUGCCCGGGGACACCGCCACCGCCGCGGGGACGUCGGGGACGUCACAUCGGGGGGGACGCCCCAAGUGCCAGCGCCCUGCCCAGACCGGGACCCCCGCGUCCCCCCCGGCGCCGGAUGAGUGACCCCCCCUUUCCAGAGCCGGGGGGGGGGGUGCCUCUCUCCUGGGUUUUGCCUUUUUUUGAUGUUUGGGGUUUUUAAAAUAUUGUGGACAGUGAGACCUGCGGGCGGGGCCGUCCGGGGGGGGGGGAGCCCUGAGACCCCCCCCCCAGGGAUCCCCAAAACCUCGGGGGGGGGCACGUGCCUUCACCAGAGCGGAGCCCCCUCCCCGGGAAGGGGGGGGUCGUGCCUUGGUGCACCGGGGAGGGGGGGGAAACGGGACGGGACGCGGGAUGGGAUGCGGGGCGGGGGGCUGGCCCCCCCGCUGGGCUGGUGCCUCCCCCUCCGUGUGGCGUUUUUGGGGGGGGGGGGGGGGGU